AUGGCUUCGGAAGUCGUUGCCACCGGCAAGCCCAAAGAUGAGAUUGAGACACACUUGGCAGGGGUAGACGCUGAUGGGAGUAGCUUGGAGCGCAACGAGGAGAAGGAGGAGGUGAACGUUGCCGAGAUCCGAGAAGUCACUGCAGUUGAGGCCUUUACAUGGAAUGUCGAUGGGGAUCAAUCACCUUUCCCCGAAGUAGCUGCUUGUGUUCCUAACACGGAUGAUCCUAAUACGCCAUGCAACACGGUGCGCGCCUGGGUGCUGACCACAGUGUUUGUCAUGAUUUUCGCGGCCGUCAAUCAAUUCUUCAGUCUCCGUUAUCCAUCGCUCACCCUCCAAUAUGUCGUGGCUCAGCUGUUGGUCUAUCCGGUUGGUAGAGCAUGGGAGAAGCUCCCGAGGUGGAGGGUACCCCUGGGCAGGUUUACGUUCGACAUCAAUCCCGGGAAGUUUAGCAUCAAGGAGCAUGCUCUAAUCACGAUUUGUGUCAACAUUAGUGCCAGCACGGCAUAUGCUUCGGGCUCUCUUGUAGCCAUCACGAUGCCACAGUACUGGAAUCGUGAUUUUGGAGCAGGCUUCGCCUUCAUCUACCUCCUGACGUCCCAGAUGCUAGGUUUUGGGCUGGCUGGGCUUGCGCGUCGCUGGCUCGUCUAUCCAGCUGCACUCAUCUGGCCGUCAUCGUUGUCGUCGACGGUGCUGUUCCGAGCACUCCAUGAACCCGAAAGUCGCGCAACAGUCAACGGCUGGAAGAUGAGCCGUUAUCGCUUCUUUGCCUAUUUUACUGCCAUCGGCUUUGUGAUCUACUGGUUCCCAGACUACAUCUGGACCAGUUUGAGCACGUUCGCCUUUGCCACCUGGAUUGCCCCAAAGAACCAGAAGGUCAACACCAUCUUUGGGAUGAAUUCUGGGCUGGGAUUGAUUCCGAUUAGUCUCGACUGGACUCAGAUCAACUAUGCAGGAUACCCCCUCAUGACCCCCUUCUAUAUCACCUGCAAUGCUUUUGCGGUGGUGGUCUUCUUUUAUCUUUUCCUCUCGCCGAUUCUGUACUACACGAAUGUCUGGAACAGUGCAUACCUGCCUCUGCUUUCCUCUUCCACCUUCGACAACACCGGAAGCUCCUACAAUGUUUCUCGAGUUGUCGACGAAAACCUGGACUUUGUGCUCAGCAAGUACGAACAGUACUCACCCAUGUAUAUAUCCAUGUCCUACUCGCUCACCUACGGCCUCUCGUUCGCCGCUGUGACGGCCGUCGUUGUGCACACCUAUCUGUACAAUGGUUCGGAGAUCUGGGCCAAAUUCAAGAACUCCCGCCAUGGCGGUGAGGAUAUCCAUCGGCGGCUCAUGCAUGCUUAUCGGGAGGUCCCUGAUAUUUGGUAUGGGAUUCUAUUCGUUGUCACGGCCGGACUGGGCAUCUUCACCGUCAAGUAUUGGGAAACCGGCCUGCCCGUGUGGGGCUUCAUCGUCGUGUGCUGCGGCAUGUGCGUCUUCUUGAUUGUGCCCGAGGGAAUCCUCGAGGGAACCACCAACCAGCGUGUCUUCCUGAACAUCAUCACUGAGCUAAUUGCGGGAUAUGCUUGGCCCGGAAAGCCGAUCGCGAACAUGAUGGUCAAGUGCUAUGGGUAUAACUCGGUCAAGCAUGGAAUGGAUUUUGCACAGGACCUGAAGUUGGGACAAUAUAUGAAAAUCCCGCCGCGGGUCCUCUUCUUCGCCCAGAUCUACUCCAGCAUCUUAGCCACCAUGACUCAGACCGGCGUCUUUCGCUGGAUGAUGGGCAACAUCACGGGGCUGUGUGACCCAAAGAACACGCAGAAGUUCACCUGUGCUGGUGCUAAGGUUAUGUAUAACGCCUCGUUGAUCUGGGGCACCAUUGGCCCGCAACGCAUGUUCCAGUCAGGGCAGGUGUACAACGCGCUUAUGUACUUCUUCCUCAUCGGACCUGUGGUGACCGUAGCUGUGUGGCUGAUCUACCGCCGCUACCCCAACAGCUGGGUCAAGUACAUCAAUGUGCCCAUCUUCUUCAAUGGAGCGGGUAACAUCCCGCCUGCCAACACCACGCAAUAUUCUCUCUGGUUCAUCUUCGGAUACGUGUUCAUGCACCUCAUCCGCAAACGGGCCUUCCUGUGGUGGAAGAAGUACAACUAUCUGCUGCAGGCGGCCAUGGACACGGGCACGGCGAUCGCGACCAUUAUCAUCUUCUUUGCGCUGACUUAUAACGGGAUCACGCUGAGCUGGUGGGGAAACAAUGUUGGGUCGGACACAGAUGAUACCAACUCGGUGCCGUGGUUGACGGUCCCGACCGGGGGCCACUUCGGCAAGGGCCCUGGCGAGUUUUAG